AUGGUUCCCAGAAUGUUUUCUUUCCUUCAGUUUUUCACUCUCUUCGCAGUUACUCUUGCUUCCACUGAGGAAACAACUGCUCUCCUCAAAUGGAAAUCAACUUUUCUAAAGCAGAACAAUAAUUCCUUAUUGACUUCUUGGACAAUAAGUACUGAUGCGUGUAGGGAUUGGUAUGGAGUUAUAUGUUUUAAUGGUAGGGAAGCAGCUGCUCUUCUAAAAUGGAAAGCAACUUUCCAAAACCAGAAUAAUUCCUUAUUGACUUCUUGGACACUAAGUCAUCCUGCUGCUGCCAAGAAUUCUUCCAGCCAUGAUCCAUGCAGGGACUGGUAUGGAGUUAAUUGCUUUAAUGGUCGGAUAAACAGGUUGAAUAUUUCAAAUUCUGGUGUCAUUGAAAUAGGAAAACUUACCAGCCUUAUAGAAGUGGAUCUUGAUACAAACCAGUUAACAGGUCAUAUUCCUCCGGAAAUAGGCAACUUGAUUAAUGCAAAAAUAUUCUAUGCUUUUUCCAAUGAAUUGUCUGGUCCCAUUCCUGCAGAAAUAGGGAAGAUGAAGUCACUUGAGAGUUUAAGCUUAUACCGAAACAAUCUUUCUGGCCCGAUUCCAAAAGCUUUAGGUGACUUAACUGAGCUCACAAUUUUGUACCUUUAUUCUAACCAACUUUCUGGUCCCAUUCCUGCAGAAAUAGGAAAACUUACCAGCCUUAUAGAAGUGGAUCUUGAUACAAACCAGUUAACAGGUCAUAUUCCUCCGGAAAUAGGCAACUUGAUUAAUGCAAAAAUAUUCUAUGCUUUUUCCAAUGAAUUGUCUGGCCCCAUUCCUGCAGAAAUAGGGAAGAUGAAGUCACUUGAGAGUUUAAGCUUAUACCGAAACAAUCUUUCUGGCCCGAUUCCAAAAGCUUUAGGUGACUUAACUGAGCUCACAAUUUUGUACCUUUAUUCUAACCAACUUUCUGGUCCCAUUCCUGCAGAAAUAGGAAAACUUACCAGCCUUAUAGAAGUGGAUCUUGAUACAAACCAGUUAACAGGUCAUAUUCCUCCGGAAAUAGGCAACUUGAUUAAUGCAAAAACAUUCUAUGCUUUUUCCAAUGAAUUGUCUGGUCCCAUUCCUAGUGAGUUGGGGAAUCUGAAUAACCUCAAUGAUCUGGCUUUAUCCGAAAAUCAACUUACUGACACUGAAUCUCCAUACCAACAAACUAUCUGGUUCCAUUCCAAAAGAACUUGCAUAUUUGGAUAA